CUGUCAUCACCCUUCCUUUCUUAAUUACAGAAAAUGGAAGCCGCCAGACGUGUGCAGAAGCACUCCGUAAGUAUACUCUUCUCUCUUCCUCUAUUCUGGAUGUGUGUCAGACGGCAUGGAAGGUUGGGUGAAGGCCCUUUAUGUAGUUUUUGCCUUCUGCACUGCUCUCACUUUUGGUGCUCUCAAAAGUUUGCUGGUCGGUUCGAUUGCCGGGCUAAUAGUGAUAUUGGGGAAUGCUGGGAUUGUUCUUGGUCUCUUCCCAGCACAUGUUUUCUGGACUGCUUACACCCUUGUCAAGACUAGUAGGUUUGAUGCACCCAUGAAAGUUGCAUUCUUGUUAGCUUUGCCUGCUUUGUUUGCAAUAUGGUUGGGUUUGAGCAUAGCCGGUAGUGUUAUUGUGGGUGUUGGAUACGGGUUCUUCACGCCCUGGGUUUCAGCUUUCGAGGCGUUUAGACAAGAUAAUGAAUCCAAGAAGUUCUUUCAUUGCAUUGUGGAUGGUACCUGGGGAACAAUCCUAGGUAGCUGCACUGUUGUCCAAGAUUUUGCUGAUAUAUGCUACCAUUCUUAUCCACUCUACUUGCAGGAGCUGCGAGAAUCCCCCGCUUCACUUGAGCUUCAACCUUUCCGAUUUAUCCAUGUCCUGGGAUGUAUCAUUGUUGGGGUGAUGGGUCUGGUUGUCGAAAUUCCUCUUUACACAGUUAUAGCGGUGUUGAAGAGUCCAUACAUGCUGUUCAAGGGAUGGUACAGGCUGAUCCAUGAUCUUAUCAGCCGGGAAGGCCCGUUCUUAGAAACAGCCUGCAUACCUGUUGCCGGUUUGACAAUCCUAAUGUGGCCGCUUGUUGUUAUUGGUAGCAUCAUAAUGGCUAUUUUUUCGAGUUUUUUCAUUGGACUAUAUGGAGCUGUUGUUCUAUAUCAGGAAAGAUCUUUCAGGCGCGGUCUUGCUUAUGUUAUUGCAAUGGUGGCAGAGUUUGAUGAGUACACAAACGACUGGCUUUAUCUCCGGGAAGGGUCGUUCUUCCCCAAGCCUCGGUACCGAAAAAACAAGGUAUCCAACACGACAGACUUCUCUGUUAGAAGAAAUAGUUCCAUUCACAGUAAACUAAGGUCAGCGCCCCCCGCAAUGCUUAUGCCAAGUGCAUCAUCAAGAUCAGUUCGAGAGGUGAUACAGGAAGUGAAAAUGGUUCAGGUGUGGCAGAACAUGAUAAAGAUGUGCGAGGUUAGGGGAAAGGAGUUGCUGGAUUCCGAUGUGAUUACCCAAUCUGAUCUUGAGGAUUGGUCCAAGGCGAAGAAUGGGAAUGGGGCUUCCAUUGUCAAUGUCGGGCUGCCUUGUUACACAUUCUUGCAGACAAUACUACACUCUGUCAAAGCGGGAUCAGAUGGUCUGUUGCUUCUUGAUAAUCUCGAGGUCACAUACCUUAACAGGCCGCGAGACAGAUUGCUGGAUUGGUUCUUCCAGCCCGUUAUGGACCUGAAAGAGCACAUUAAAGUCAUGGGGUUGGAGGAGGGCGAGAUACGAUACCUCGAGAAAGCUGUUCUCUUUGGGAGGAAUACUGAGCGGUUUAAGGCCUGGGAAAACGGUGGUUUGGCGCCUCAGGACCCCAUUAGAGCUGCUCAGAUCGAAGGCAUCAGUCGAAGAACGGUUGGAAUGAUAACAACGGUAUCAAAGCUUCCGACUUAUCGGAGAUUGUUCGGACAGAUUGUGAAGGCAUUGAUUGCUUAUUCCAUUCCUACUGAAGGUUGUUCCACAAGACCCAUUCCACAUUGUGUGCAUAAAGCCGCAGGCUCCACCAGAUCAGUGUCUUCAAGAACAACUGCUUCUAUUGAAGUUGUAUAGACAAGGACAAAAACUUCAAUUCAAGGAUUUACAAACUUCAUGUUUUAGUUUAGUUCAAUAAUUAGCUGCCUGUUGAACAAUUAUGGGACAAAAAAAAAGGAUUUUUGUUAGAUGACAUUUACACGCUGCCAAUUUAAUUUGAUUA